GUUUUAAUUUUUCAAAUUUUCUUGAAUAAAAAAAAAACACAAAAUGACUGCUAAUAAUAUUAACGCCUUAGUCGGAGCUACCACCCGUUACAUUGCUGGCAGGAAUGCUGUCCAAACUGUGUACUGGCGAUGCAAGGAGUCCGGCAAGAUGUACAAAUACAACAAAACCUUCGAAUUCGACAAGAGCCAAAAAUUGCCACCACAAAACAUUCGAUUGACCAAUUACACCACGAAUUUCAGAAGUCCAGGACUUACCAAGAAGUAAAUUUAAACACAACAGGAAAAAGUGUCCUUAAAGUUGUAAAAGUUGUAAAUAGUAUAUAAUUGUAGAUGUAGUUAAGAUAAAAUUAUUGUUAUUUGUGAUAAAAAAAAAAAUUAUUAUUAUCAAAACGUGGAUAAGCUGCUAAGGUCUAACAAAAAAAAAAAACUUGGAGUACAAAAAUAUUCCUUUUUUUUCUCUCUCUGAGAAAAAAAUCCAAUUUGUGAUCAAAAAAACAAAACUAUAGAUUAAGUGCGAAUAAAAUUCGAUACAAAUUAAAAACAAAAAAAAAAAAAAACAAA